UGUUUAGGAUUAGAGGUUUAAAUUUUUGCUUCGAAACAUUCGUCUGGUCGAUAAAGAAACAAGACCUGCAAGAGAAGAAUAUGAUAAAUUUGCAGUGAUUAGAGGGUUCUUCUUUGAAAAUUUUAACAAUAACCUACCAAAAUUCUUCUCCCUUUCCAAGUAUACAACAAUCGAUAAAAUGUCAUGGGCGUUCAGAGAAAGAUGUGAGUUUCGAGUAUAUAUACCAUCGAAACCCAACAAUUAUGGCCUAAAAGUGUAUGCAUUAGUAGAUGCAAAGAUGUUCUAUACUGCGAAAAUGGAAAUAUAUGUUGGUCAACAACCAGAGGAGCCAUUUUAUGUAGACACAUCAAAUAUGUUUCUGGUGCCAAGAUUAUGCCAAGCAAUCUAAUCGGAAUAUCACAACACACAACUUCUUUUCAAGUAUUCCAUUAGCAUAUUCUUAUCUCCAAGAGCAUGAAAUGACACUUAUAGCUACUUUCAGAAAGAAUAAACCGCAAAUACCACCAGAUAUGAUGAUAAAGAGGACCGAAAAGACGACUAUGUUCGCAUUUGAAGAAGAAGAAAAAACGUAUUUCUUCUUUCAACUAUGCAUCUUGACGACUCCAUUGAUGGGGAAACAGGAAAACCAUCGAUUAUUAUCGACUACCUAUAACAAGAUCAAAUGCGGAGUGGAUACGGUUGACAAGCUAUGCGCAGCUUAUAUGGCCUGUUGAAUAUAGCAGAUAUUAAUUCUUACAUUAUAUAUAAAAAUAACAAUAACGCCAAAAAAUUUCAAGGAAAAUAUUUUUAGAAGCACUGCCAAAACAGUUAGUUGAAAACCAUACAAAAAAGUGUUUUAACUGUAAUAUGGUUCCUAGAAUGUCCAGAUUGUGCAUUCAAGAAAUCUAUAACAUUUCAACUACUGAAAACGUACAAAAUCAACCACCUACAAGACCAGAUUUAGUUGCUAUAAAUGUAAAAAAUUCAUGUGCUUAGAGCACUUCUCUGCUAUCUGUAAGGAGUGCGUUGAAAUUUAAGGCCAAGUUUGUAUAUUUGUGUUCAGUUUAAAUCUAAUGAAUGUUCAUUUUUUUUUAUUUUCAAGUUUUCUGAUGUUUUGUAAAUAAUAUAAUUAGUUUAGUUACCAUAGAAACUGUUUCUGUUUUUAAUUAUAGACAUUUCAAAAAUAUGUUUUUUUUUGUUUUUUUUUUCCACCCCAAUUUGUUUGUUAUUUUAAUCUCAUUAAAAAUCAAAUAAUAAAUACAGUUAUUCCAUUUUUUUUAACCACCUUACCCCAAAGUAUACCAAUUCAAGUCAAAUUUUUUCCACUUGUUAGUUAGGUUUCAGAGGCGGAUGUUAGCUUUCUUGUUAAAAUUAAUCAUGUUAGCUACGGAAGCUUAAAAGCGGUGGUCUUAUAUCUUUUUUUAUGUUAUAAAAAUGUUAUUUUUGUGUUUAUUCCAUUGUUAAAAGAAUUUUGAAAACUAUUAGGAAAACUAACAUAUUCAAUCAAAAUUAGGAGAACCAUAAUAAAUAAUAUUAAUGGCUGUUUUUAACCAUCACUUACUUUCGUACUUGUGGCGCUACUGAACUAACAUCAAACACGCCAAGCCAGGAGUCAGGGUCAUUUCGAUUUUAACUAUCUGCGAGUGAUAUUGAAGUUCACCUCCUAGUAUUUUAUUAGAACGUUAUUUUUGUGUACUGUAGUAGAAUAAUGUGGUGAGGUGAUCUUUUUGUUUUAGAAAAGACAGCUGGUUUAUAAGUGUGUACCUAUUGGAUUGAUUUGAAAAUCUAGCGCAUUAUGAGUUGUGCAAUUGAAGUAGUAGGAUCAGAUGGAACCUUCUCCCCUAGAGAUACAAUUAAUGGCGUAGUAUCUGUGAGGUUACCAACAGAAACACAUAUUAAUAACAUAUCAUGCUCUAUUACUGGGAAAGAAAAAUCUGCAUGGAGCAUUACUGAAAACAUAUACAACCAGAGAACAAAAAAUUUUUGCACGGGAAUAGUAUAUUACACAGGCGAAAACACAUUGUUAUCGGACAGUGUUAUUCUAACAAGUGACGCAGAUGUCGAUGCUGGAGUACAUGAAUACCCAUUUACAUAUAUGUUACCAAGAAAUAUACCAAAUUCGUAUAAAUCAAAUUAUGGAUCCAUAGAAUACAAAAUUCAUGUUGUAGUACAUACUAAAACUGGAUAUGAAUAUGAAGCCGAAAAGCUGAUUUCUGUUAAAGCACCAAUAAAUUUUAAUGAUAUCAGAAGUGAACUGCAGCUGGAACCCGUAGCGUAUCAAAACGAAGAGGUUAUGUGGCAUUGCUGUUAUGCAGGUGAUCCAAUAACAAUGGAUUUAGUUUUGGAGAGAGAAGCUUUUGUAGUUACCGAACCAAUUUGUUUCAAAUUAGAUGUCAAUAAUAAGUCCGGUGAAAAUAUUGAAGAUAUAAACGUUACUUUGACAUUAGUAAUAGAAGCCACUGCAUCGAACCCAAGAAUUGCGCAUAGAUAUGAACAGAUUUUGUUAAAUGGAGCUAAGAUAGGAAGGAUGCGAGGUGGCGAGAAAAAUAUUUUUCCCCUCAAAUUUGAGAUACCUCAAACAAAGGAAAUACCGAAUUUCAAUGGCAGCUCAUUAUUUAGACAAAAAUGUGUUCUCAAGGCUGAAUGUCUGAUAAAUGACUCAGAAAAUACUUUAGAUGUUCAAACGGAAAUAAAAUUAGGUCAUAUUCCUAUCGAUACACAGCGGCGGCCCGGACAUCGACAUGAACCAGUGAGAAGAGUUCACAGUUCGGGUGCAAUAAACAGACCAUUAGGAUUCAAUUUCUUCAAUUCAAGCAAUGAGAAUAUACCGAGUGCUCCUCCAAUAGAUCGACCCUCGGCGCCGUGGAAAACUACAGAUGAUAUUGAUACUCUUCCUCCAUCAUAUGAAGAAGCUAUGUGUAAGUCAAAGAAAGAAUGAACACAAUGAAACUGAAUAUGGAUAAGAAAAUUAUGUAGCAUAAUUUACAAUAGUAUAUAAAAUAUACUAGAUGGAUGCAACUAGUUCUAGUAUCAAAUAUUUUGUGUGCAGAACAUAUAAUUACUUUUAUAUGUUCUUUUACAUCCUUGGAGGAUUAAUUCUCAGUAAUAAUAAUAUUUUUAAUUAUCCAAUUUUUAUGGGUAAUUUUAGUGUAAAGGUUGUUAUUUUACAAGAAGACGACUCCAGGAUUGAUUUAUUAAAACACCGAAUGAUAGAACCAUGUAUUAUAAUUUGUUGAUUACAGAUUGUGUUUGUCACCUUUUUGUUCAAUUGGAAAACCAAUUAUUGAUAAAAACUUUCUUAGUUGAAUAUUAAAAUUGUAAAACUUUGGUGCAAUAAUUCAGUACAUUAUAUUUCCUCCCAUUUAUUUUGUUUUAGAAAAACACAACUAGCUCAUGUGGCUUAUAUAACUUGAUGAUAACCCUUAUUGCGUAACAAGUUCAUAAUUUUUCUUGCUUGUUCAAAUACUUACACGAUUUGUUCCUAGUAAUUCCUUCAGUUCAUUAUGGUGGCUGGUUGAAGUACUAUGUUGUGAGGUUAAGUUAACUGUUUAGCGGCUUCAUUAAUUCGAUAUUUACACUAGAACGAGUUUAGGUCGUAUAAAGGCAAUAUCAACAAGCGAUCAUCGUUUUUUGGUUUCAUUCAACAAACAAAAACAGUCCACUAUGCACAGAACAUUGCAGAGCUAGGCUUGAUUUUGCCAAAGAAUACAAUAACUGUACUAAAGGAAAUUGCAGUAAUUUGUUAUCCGAUUAUUCUAAUUUUGUUCAGGUUACCUAAAGGCAGUGAAAAAAUAUGAAGAAGACUAUGAAAGACACUUGCAUAACGCAAUAUCAUGGAAAGAAUAAGCUACGGAAUAGAUUUAGUUAUGUUUAGGGCUGGUUAAAAUCAGUUUUUAAGAAGAAAUAAAUGAUAUUGCCGCUCAGAUUGAAUAAUCAGUCACAAUUGAAAAAUUAAUAUAGCUACGUGAUCGAUUUUUCGUUUUUCAAUCCUAUUUAUGGAUAUUAAAGUGCCAUAGAGCCCUGCCGAUUGAUUAAUUGGAAAAUUAGUGACCUUAUAAAUACACCUUAAUUCAUUUUUUUAAGUUAACUACUAAUAAAGUAUAGAUUUUUUUCACAUAAGUGGAGUAAAAUAUUGUUGAUCUCAAUAUGUAUAUUCCCUUAGAUAUUAUAUUUAAAAAUAUAAAACUACAUGGCGACAACAAGAAUUACUGGUGCCAACAAUCUUCAGGAUUGCUUAUUCUUUGCUUAGUUAUUAAAUGAGUAUAGCACUAAUUCUCUUGCUUAGAUUUUCAGAUGUAGAAAUAUAACAGCAUAGGUUGAGCUGAAUACUUAUACUUUCCAACAAUAUGACUAUUUAAAUUCUUUUUUGAGUUCUGUUGACUUUUUCAAGUAUAUAAACUUUUAUCUCAAUAUUCAUUUAAGGAUCUCAGUACGGCAGCUAGGGGGGUGCCGUAGCCAUUUCAAACCCCUCUCAGUUUUUGAGCCGUUUCUAAUUCCCCUCAGUUUUUGAUCCGUUUCCAUAUGUAUUUUGACGCGUAGAAUCGAUUUUUCGACAAUGCCAAGCUUUUACAGUGUUUUGCAAAAAAUCAAUAUUUAAAAAGUUAUUGUCAAUAUAAUGAAAAAUUGACGUUUUUUCUCACUUAUCGGUCAUUACUUGGUUCCUACAUGACGAAGAGAUUUGAACCAGCUCAUUUUAAACGUUAAAGUUUAAGUUUGAAAAUGAGAUGUUAGAGACUUUUAGAUAUGAUCUGUUAAAAAGUUACAGAAGUUUGAAUCUAGAAAUUUUCAUGAUAAAAGCAUCGUCAUUUUUUAUAAAUGUUUUAAAGUUAUAUAAAUUAAAAAAAACCAAAUGCACCUUAUUGUAGCUUAAAGUGCUAAUCAAAACAAAUAUUUUGAUCACUUCCAGUUAUGGUUUCGACCCUUAGUUGUUUAUGCAGGUUUUAAACUGGACUAAAGUACGCGCCCGCGAUCAGAGGUGUGCCCGCGAUAACUUCUCUACAGUAACUUAUUUAUUUGUAACCUUCUUUCAUCUUUCUUUCUUUGAGUUGUAGUUUUGUAAACAACUAAAUUAUUUAUAACAAAUUAUUCGGCUAGAUUUGAGCUUGGCACCCUCGAAAAAUCGAUUCUACGCAACAAAAAAACCUAAGAAAACGGUCUAAAACUGAGUUUGAAACGGCUACGGGACCUGCCGUACUAUAUUGACAGUGUCCUGUAUUGUUGGUGGUUCACUUAUGCUUUGUAUGUAGUCGGUUCCACCCUCGUCUGUUUUUGUGGAUUUAUUAGCCUACCAGUUUUUGGAAUGAGUUGAAUUUUUAUCGCAUAUUACCUUGCAAAAUUUUUCACAAUUGCAUAUUUUCGUGGCAGAUACAAGGCAAUGUGUCAAUUGAAUGAAAUAAUCUCUGGUUAUUCCAAAUGAAGUAUGGUGACAUGAAUAUGCUAGCUGAUCAUUGGAGGAGUGGUGCUGGUUUUAUAGUACUGCCCUCUAUAUCCUGUAAAUAAUUGUUAUGUUUAUCAAAUUCGCAAAUUCAUUGGGCUCUAAAUAUUUGGGUAAUGAUAAAAAAUAAUCUUUUCCAUGGGUGAUUUGACUCAUUGUUGGGUUUUAGAUAGUGAUCUAUGUCUUAAAUUUUAUAUUUUUAUAAUUUUGUGAAUAAAUUACAUUUUUACUGCUAGAA